AUGAAGGGGCCGUGGCUGGUUCUUGCAGCUCUGUGCCUCUCCCUGGCCAACCUGGGUGCCAGGGGCGAGGACGGGCUUGACUUUCCAGAGUACGACGGAGAGGACAGGGUCAUCCACAUCAGCCUGAAGAACUACAAGGCUGCCCUGAAGAAGUUCGACAUCUUGGCGUUACUCUACCAUGAACCUAUUGAGGAUGUGGGGGGGGGGGGGGACAAAGCCUCCCAAAGGCAGUUCGAAAUGGAAGAGCUCAUUCUGGAGGUACAAAGAGGCAUGAGAAGACAUUAUUCCUACCUUGUAGAUAGAUUGCGGCAAAAAACACGGGUUUGGGUACAUAUUAGUGGGUCACAAAAAGGAAGUCCACAUUCUCAAAACUUCUUCUGCACUGCUCCACUGAAAGGCAUCACAACUUACUAUACUCUAUCCCGGACGGACCCCCAAUUAAAGGGAUUGUCCACCUACUACAGAUAA